UUUAUGCAGUGAGGUUGUAAUUGGCGGCGUGUUUUAUGUCGGGUAAACUGAGCAAUGCUUGCUGGGUGACGGCGGUCCCGUAGCUCGCUUGAAAAGCCUCCGUUUGAGUUGACUUACUGCUGAGCCGUCACCACCAGGGUCUUGUUUCUCACACCGCCACACCUCUUAAGUUCUUCCAGCUGCUUCCUCAGGAUCUGAUGCUUCUUUGCAACUAUUGGGACUCGCCCAACUUUUUCAAUUUUGGGAUUGAAUGGAUUUUCACAAAACAUAAUCUGGAUUUUUUUUUGCCUCAUUGGUGGAAGUAACCCAACACUUAAGGAGAAGGCACUUUGCCCCCCCCCCCCCCUUUUUUUUUUUUUUUGAAGGGGAACUAAUUUGAAGACAAAAAAUGGAUCAAGCCAGCGGUGGGGAGGAUCCAAGUAAACCCUCAAAAAAGAAGUCCAGCGAGGAUGAGGGCAAAAAUAAAAAACUGAAUAUACACAUUAAAACGUUGGCUGAUGAUAUGCGUGAUCGCAUAACAAGUUUCAGAAAAACAGGGAUGAAGAAGGAAAAGCCCCUCAUUCAGCACCCGACAGAUCCCCUCUCUCCUCAGACUGAACUGCCCAUUCCUCAGCCUCUAUUUGACGACCGAUCCAUGAACCUCUCGGAAAAAGAAAUCAACGACCUGUUUGAGAAAAUGAUGGAGGACAUGAACCUGAAUGAGGAACGCAAAGCUCCUCUGCGUGGAAAGGACCUGAGCACCAAGCGGGAAAUGGUUGUCCAGUACAUCUCAGCCACUGCAAAAUCUAUAACUGGAAGCAAAGUUGCGGGUGGACUGAGAAACAGCAAGCAUGAGUGCACACUUUCUUCUCAAGAAUAUGUCCACGAACUUCGCUCUGGCAUCAGUGAGGAAAAACUGCUCAACUGCCUGGAGUCCCUCAGAGUGUCUCUCACCAGUAAUCCCGUCAGCUGGGUUAAUAACUUUGGUCAUGAGGGACUUGGCCUUCUUCUGGAUGCUCUGGAGAAGCUCCUGGACAAAAAACAGCAAGAGAGUAUUGAUAAGCGGAACCAGCAUAAACUGAUCCAGUGCCUCAAGGCGUUUAUGAAUAAUAAGGAUGGACUGCAAAAGAUUUUGGGAGACGAGCGGAGCUUGUUGCUGUUGGCGCGAGCAAUCGAUCCCAAACAAACCAGCAUGAUGACGGAGAUCGUCAAAAUCCUCUCAGCCGUCUGCAUUAUAGGAGAGGAAAACAUCCUAGAUAAGAUUCUGGCUGCGAUGACGAUUGCUGCAGAGAGGAACAGUAAGGAGAGGUUUGCUCCAAUUGUGGAAGGGCUGGAGAACCACGAGGCACAGCAGCUCCAGGUCGCUUGCAUGCAGCUGAUCAACGCCCUGGUCACCUCUCCUGAUGACCUGGACUUCCGGAUACAUCUACGCAACGAGUUUUUAAGAUGUGGCCUCAAAAAGAUCCUGCCUGAACUGAAAGAGACAGAGGAGCUAGACAUCCAGCUGAAGGUGUUCAAUGAGAACAAGGAGGAGGACUCCAUCGAACUCUCCCAUCGCCUUGAGGACAUCCGGGCUGAGAUGGAUGAUAUGAAUGAAGUGUACCAUCUCCUGUCCAACAUGGUGAAAGACACUGCCUCGGAGCCCUACCUCCUGUCAGUCCUUCAGCACCUAUUGCUCAUCAGAAAUGACUAUUACAUCAGGCCUCAGUACUACAAGGUGAUAGAGGAAAGUGUGGCUCAGAUAGUUCUGCAUCGCAGUGGGAUGGACCCUGACUUUGGCUACAGUAGAAGACUGGAGAUGGACUUCACACACCUGAUUGAUCAGUGUGUGGAUAAAGCCAAAGUUGAAGAGAGCGAACAGAAGGCUGCAGAAUACUCCAAAAAGUUUGAUGAGGAGUUCAGUGCACGACAGGAGGCCCAGGCUGAAUGUCAAAAGUUGGAAGAGAAAAUCAAAGAGUUUCAGACGAAGAUGCAAGCCUUGGAGGCCCAGUUAACUAUUGAGAAAGUCAAGCUUAAAGAGGCUCAGAGACUCAUCUGGGAAUCUGAAGCCAAGAUCGCUGCAGGCCCAGCGGCAGCUGGAGCCCCGCCUCCUCCACCUUUACCUGGGGCUGCAGCCCCUCCCCCUCCUCCGCCUCCUCCCCCACCUGGUGGAUGCCCCCCUCCACCUCCUCCGCCUCUCCCCGGCCAGGCCAGCAUUCCCCCGCCACCGCCGCCUCCUCCGCCACCAGGUGGAGGGCCCCCACCUCCUCCAGGAUGUGGGCCGCCACCUCCUCCUCCUCCUUUUGGAGGCCUCGGCGGGCCUCCGCCCCCCCCUUCAGCACCUGUCGUCAAACUUCCUUAUGGACUGGAGCCGAAGAAGACCUACAAGCCAGAAAAUGUGAUGAAGAGGGUCAAUUGGACAAAGAUAGUGCCUCAGGAAAUGUCAGAGAACUGCUUCUGGAUCAAAGUCAAAGAGGAGAAGUUUGAGAAUCCUGACCUAUUUGCUCAGCUUUCCCUCUGCUUUUCCUCACAGAGUAAAGCAAAGAAAGAUUUUAGUGAUGAAACAGACGACAAAGUACCGCAAUUCAAGAAAAAGGCGAAAGAACUACGAAUCUUGGAUGCCAAGACAGCGCAAAAUCUUUCUAUCUUUUUGGGCUCGUUCCGCCUGCCUUAUGAAGAGAUCCGGGACAUCGUGCUGCAAGUAGACGAAGAGAGGCUGAGCGAGUCACUCAUCCAGAACCUGAUUAAAAACCUGCCUGAGCAGAAAGAACUGAACGCUCUUGCGGAACUAAAGAGUGAAUAUGAAGAACUGGUGGAGUCAGAGCAGUUUGGCAUUGUGAUGAGCUCAGUGAAGCUGCUACGACCCCGUCUCAACGGCAUUUUGUUUAAGCUAACCUUUGAGGAACAGGUGAGCAACAUCCGGCCUGACAUCAUGAACGUGACGUUCGCCUGCGAGGAGGUUAAGAAGAGUGACAGCUUCAGCAAGUUCCUGGAAUUAGUGCUUCUGGUUGGUAAUUACAUGAAUGCUGGAUCAAGAAACGCCCAGACGUUCGGUUUCAACGUCAGCUUCCUUUGCAAGCUACGGGACACUAAAUCCAUCAGUCACAGCACAACACUUCUUCAUUUCCUGGCAGAGAAGUGUGAAGACAGUUACCCAGAGAUCAUGAGAUUUCCCGAUGAACUUGAGCACGUGGAAAGUGCCAGUAAAGUGUCUGCUGAGAUCUUGAAGGGAAGUUUGACUUCCAUGGAACGCCACAUCCAGAGACUCGAGAACGACAUAGAAAACUUCCCAAAAACAGAUGACGAGCAAGAUAAGUUUGUGGAUAAAAUGUCCGGCUUCAGUAAGCAUGCUCGGGAGCAGUAUGAAAAACUGUCCACCAUGCACAAGAACAUGCAGAAGCUCUACGAGAGCAUUGGCAGUUACUUUGCCUUCGACCCCCACUCCGUCAGUGUGGAAGAUUUCUUCGGAGAGCUGGCCAACUUCCGAAUGCUCUUUAUGGAAGCUGUGAAGGAGAACCACAAGAAAAGGGAGGUGGAGGAGAAGAUCAAGAGAGCCAAGCUGGCAAAAGAGAAAGCAGAGCGCGAGAAGCAGGAGCGCCAGCAGAAGAAGAAGCAGCUGAUUGACAUGAACAAAGAAGGAGAUGAAACCGGUGUGAUGGACUGCCUGAUGGAGGCUCUACAGUCCGGAGCAGCCUUCCGUGACAGGCGGAAACGGACACCCCGCAAUGGUGAUCAAAGCCCUUCCAGUCCAGCUUCUCGGUGGCCGGGUGCUAACUAUGGUAACAGAACUCUAGACAACCGGCGUGCCGUCCUGGAAAGGUCCCGUUCCCGCCACAACACAAACUACCAAGCUCGAUGAUAACCCGCGCCUACCACAAGACGCUAGACAAGUGCCAAAGAGGCCUGCGAAGAGGAGACCAGGAGGAGAUCUGAGGAAAAACAGACCUCCUUCACUGUGGCACCCACACACACACACACACACUCAAAGACUCAGCCACAGGCACCAAGUAUGGAACAAAACUGCCUAUAGACUACAGACGUCACUGAAGUGGCGAUGCAGACAUUCAGUGUUUAUUCACAGCCUUACGUAUUUAUUUCUCAUUUGUGCUGUUGAUUUACAGACGCAAACAUUUAACACUCUGCUCUUUGAAAUGCAUGAAACUCCAUUUUAUCUUGCUCCUCCGGACAUCUUAAUCUUGAUUUAAGGAUAGUGCCACACUCAGCGCGCAGUUUUGACAUGAAUCACUCGACGUGACAUUGUACUGAAGAAGACAUUUUGCAACCAGAGACUGUUAAUUAAAGGACGGCAGUCGUUUCUUAAUUGGGAGACCUGCUGACGUCUUCCAGGAAGACUCGACUCUUCGCUGAAGAGGAAGCGCUAGUUUCGUUUGAGCUUUUCACCUGUUCUCUCCUCAAGACACUUUUCAGUAGCAAUUAUUUUCCUGGACUCACAGCGGUGAACACUUCAACACGGUGCAUUUUAAGAUAUUUGAAGUUAUAUUGACUGUUAACACAAGAGAGUGAGGUGUUUGUUUGCUCCUCACACCAUGGAGGGUCACUACAGGACACAACUGCUCAUUGCUUGUGUCACACAAAGUUCCACUCUUAAUCUACGUUCACACCAGGCAUGUGCACCACAUUCUAAUGGGCUUCUGAACAUGCUUUUAGCAUUCACAGAGCUUUCACAGCUCUAUUCCAACAUAUAAAAGACUUGGUGUCAAAUAGUUUCAGCCGAGUACAAACCACAAGUAUUAAUUUCUCCCCCAUGAUCAAUUUUCAACAGUUGGUUCUUCCGGGUUUUUGAAAAGGUCGCUACUCACGUGUCACUACAGAAUCCCAAACCCCGAGUGGUCAGAGUUUGACUGCUUUACCUUCCAACGUGCGUUCAAUUGCCACGCAUUUUGUAGGAAGAACCCAUUAACGUGCUUAAAAACUUGUGUAGCGACACGUGAACGGGACAUUUUUGAACACGGAAGCACGCAGCACACAUUUGAGCGCGCUUACAUGCACAUUUCAUUUGAAGCAGUCACAUAAACGCGUCUUUCCGAGCCUGGUGUGAACCAAGUAUUUAAAAACUUUUGGUUAACUCUGAUACUAAAGGUGUUUAAACUUAGGGUGAAAACAUUACUCCAGUUUUGUUGAAGAAGUCUUAAGCUCAUAGAGAAAAAUGUGGAAGUCAUGCUGUUGGACUGCAUUCAAAUAACUGAACUUUCAUCAUAGUAGAUGUGAAGCCUGAAGAAGGAAAAUCCUAACUUGCAGCUGAACGGCUGCAAACUGACGGGAAAAGAGACGACAAAUGUUUGUGUGGAAGACAGGAACCUUUUUUUUUUUUUUUUGGGGUAUUCAUAUAUUUGUGCUGGGCGGGCCUGUCCCCUCACCGCCCUGAACUGUUAGCUGCCAUUAUAUCAGCAUAAUAACCACCACAGUUACAGACACAGCAGACGGGACGCUGCUGCAAACGCCUUGCAAUUACCCAGCACUGAUAACAUAAGUGACCCUUUUAACCAUAACAGGAGUUACUGCAGUUAAAACCACAACGCUGCUUCAAGCUUUGUGUGUCUGUGUGUUCCUCCGUGGGCUGAGUGUUUGUGCGUGCCUCGUGCCAGCUCAGUAAUCGGAACAGAAUCCCAGGAAAAAUAGGAUUCAGCGUGCUUGACUCCUGGGCUGAAUAGAUGGAGAUUUUUCAUUUAAACAAUCUGCCAGUGCUGCUUGUGAUGUGUCUGUCUCGCGAAGCCACCUCUCUAAGCCCGCAUGCUCCUAAAAUGCAAUUUUACACAUCAUCUCGGCUCAAGGUGCACCCACAAUGCUCGGAGAAGUCUGCAUAUUUAAGGAGACAAUAACUCCUCUCUGAAUAUGGGGUUCUGGCAGUCACAGAGAGAAAGCAUUGAGAAUGAGUUUUCUGCAGAAGGGACUCUGCAGUGAUGGGAGUUAGAAGAACUUGUUGUGCGCUGCAGAAACACAGACGUGCUGUCAAAAGGAAGUGGUUCCUGUUUUUCCAUUUGCUUUCAUCCUUUUGUUUCACUGCUACAUCACACAUGUACAAUGUCAAGCACUGAAGAAUACCUUUGUUUUCUUCUCAUCACUUUAAUAUUUCAUUCCAAACAAACAAAAAAAAAAAGGCUGUGCUCAACAGUGACUUGCCAGAUCAUUUAACUAAACCCCCCUCUUUUUUUUUUGCAUGUGUCAUUUUUUUAAAGAAAUCCUUUGUAGAUCUUUUUUUUUAGGUUGCUAAAAGUUUGUCACGGUAUGCAGACUGUUUCAUUUUGGCCAAUGUUUGAUAAAUAUUCAAAGAAAGUAACAAGUGACAUAAAAAAGUAGCAGAUUUUAUGUCAUCUUAAUAGCUGUGAGGUGGUUCUUUUUAUGUCAUUUGUGAGAAAUCGUUCAUUCAAAUUAAGAAAUUAGAUUUAAAAACUGUCAUUAACUUGUCACUGAAGUGACUUCCUCUGCUAAAAAAUACAACAAAAGGAAAUAAAAGUCCUACAAAGCUUCCUAGUAACAUCACGUUUUUUCAAAAUAAAACAUCAGUUGAAACAUUCCUAGUUGUUUUUGUAUGUGGUUGUAUUCAAUCUCCCUCUUUAGGAUUAGGAGAUUAUUUAAUAAAUCUGAUAGGAAAAUACUUAAUCAUCCCAUCAUGUUUGUGCUCAAUCCCAUCAAAUGAUUGUGUGGCUUGUGCUCAUAGUGAGGAGGUAGGGAUAUGAAGGUAAAGAUGCUGUUCCUUUGGCGACAGGUGAGGGGGCAACGUGUUCUCUACUUUUACCCCACCAACAUAUUUUGACAAUAAAAAGAUUUGCUCUAAAACUGCAAAGGAAUUCUCCUCGCGAACGGAGUGAAAUACUUUCAGUUUGUUCUUCUGUAAACAGGUCUUUCCUGCUUCUGCAGCCCUCACUGUUCAUUUGAGGAGGAAGAACUGUAACUGAACUAACCAGCGAUGUUUUAUUUCUAUCAACAAACCCCGUCUGACCGUCAGCUGCCAUGUCCCUGCCUACCUUCCAUGUUGUCAUUGUUUAAACUGUAAUGUCAAAAAAAAAACAUUUAUAUUUGUAACACUUUAAGUUUAUUUGUAUUAUUGGUAACAACAAAUGGUUAUGCAUACUCUCCUUCCAUAAUAUAUAUGUAAUGUAAUAUGGUACUGAGUAAUAGCCUCUUUGUUAUAUAAACUGAUUCUGAAAAAUG